CACAUAGUUUUUAUUGUCAGUCGCCAUGAUAGAAGUAAUCGCGAUAGACACACGAUAACUAGCGGCAAACUCGAAAUAAUACACGAAAAUGUUAUUGCCUUCAAGGAAAGCGUGUUACUUUACUUUAUUAGUGUUAAUGUUAAUGGUUUCUUAUCAAGCUUUAAAAACAUAUACGUAUACUAAUAUAAUAGCUGAUGAAUAUAAAUUAAGUGCCACACAGUCGAUAUUAAAUGAAGUGAUAGAAAAUGUGAAAGAAGAUACAAGUGCUUUGAAGUAUAUUCUGCAGUGGACGUCGCCCAGAAGUGUGCCUCUAGUGUAUAUGGGACAGGGACAAAAAACUUUCCUAGAAAAGCAAUGUCCAUACACCAACUGUUUCGUGACAGCAAACAGGUCAUUCCUUGGCGAUUAUUCAAAGUUCGACGUCAUCGUUUUUAAUGGACCUGAAGCAAUAAGACUAAGUAGUUUACCGACGAGAAGAUCUCCUCACCAAAAAUAUGUGUUUGCGACAAUAGAAUCUUCAGACAAUUAUCCUGUGUGUUCCAAUCGUUUCGAUGGAUACUUUAACUGGACGUGGACGUAUAAUUUAGAAUCUGAAGUUCAAUGGGGUUAUGUCGCUAUUCGAGAUAGCAAAGGUGUCAAAGUUGGUCCUAAGAAACAAAUGCAUUGGAUGAAGUUUAAAGACAUGUACCCUGUCAGUGAAGAGUUUAAGAAUGAGCUUAAAACAAAAACAAAAGCCGCUGCGUGGUUCGUCUCUAAUUGUCAUACUAGAAGUAAAAGAGAAGAUUUUGUAAAAGAAUUAAAAUCAGAAAUGAAAAAUUACAGUUUGGUCCUUGAUGUAUACGGAAAGUGUGGUGAUCUAAAAUGUCCGAACAAAGAUGUAAAGGAUUGCGAUAAGCUUUUAAAGGAGAAUUACUACUAUUAUUUAUCAUUUGAGAACUUCUUUAGCGAGGACUAUGUAACUGAAAAAUUAUUACACCCUUUAGUAAAUAAUGUGGUGCCUAUAGUGUAUGGCGGUGCUAAUUACACCCGAUUUAUGCCCGACGGUAUUUACCUUAACGCUAAGGAAUUUGAUGUUAAAACAUUAGUAUCAAAAAUGAAUGAAGGGAUUAAAGAUGCUGAAAAAUAUGCAGAGUAUUUUAGAUGGAAGAAGCAUUAUUCAUAUCACAGACUGAUUAAAACCUUGGAAACUGAUCCUUACUGUUUAUUUUGUGCUCAGCUGAACAAUGAAGAAAUGGUUAAGAAAACUACAAUAUACAAAGAGUUUCGUAGUUGGUGGGACCCACCUGGACGAUGUUGACAAUUGCUGUAGCGAUCCAGAUGCACAAUUGCGUGCACAUUGAAAUGGUGUUGAUUUUAAGUUUACAGUCACAGAUAACAAAUUUAAUGGACUGAAUCGUUUCCAUACACGGGAUGGCUUUCAGAUAACAAUCUGGGUGCGAUACUUUAUUCAGCAUUGGCAAUGAUAAUGUCUUGUUAUGCAGAUGACUAACUAAAUACCCUUUUUUAAGUCUUUGGAAAUGACACCUUUCAACAAGCGAUGUGAAUUUGUCUAGCCUGUUUAAAAUAUUUUGGUGAUUCGUUAACGUUGGCGCUCAGAGAAAUGGGACUUGACAACAGGCUAAAUAUGGAACAAAAUUAAUUAUUUUACUUACUU